GCCUCCCUCAGCCCUGUGAACUGCUCCCGGGGUGACCAAGGGUGACCGUGAGUGCAGGUAAAGCCGAGGGAGCCAACAGGUGUGCGGCGGCGGCGUCUUUGUCUCCUUUUUCGGGCGGUUCCCGUUGCCGCCGCUCCAGGCAGAGAAAUUUUUUGCCUCAGGAGUGUCCGCCCUGAAGACGGGGCAGUGCGCCUGCGCAAGAGAGUUUGGCGGCCGCUGCCUGCGCCUGUGCAUCAAGGCUCGGCGGCGGCCUGCGCCUGCGCGGCGCGGCGCUGCGGAGACCGUUGGCUCAUUUGCAUGUCCCCGCCUCGCGCGGUGGCGGCGGCGGGUCAGAGAAACAUGGCAGCAAGGAGAAUUGCGCAGGAGACUUUUGAUGCUGUAUUGCAGGAAAAGGCUAACCGAUAUCAUAUGGACCCCAGUGGUGAGGCUGUAGGCGAAGCUCUUCAGUUUAAAGCUCAAGAUCUUCUAAGGACAGUCCCAAGAGCCAGAGCAGAUAUGUAUGAUGACAUUCAUAGCAACAGCAGAUACACUCUGGGCGGAUCUGUAGCUCAUCCUCGAGACACUGGGAGAGAAGGCCUGAGAGGUGAUAUAUUUCCAGGACCUUCCUUCAGAUCAAGCAACCCUUCUGUAAGUGACGACAGCUACUUUCGCAAAGAAUGUGGUCGGGACCUGGAAUUUUCCCACCCUGACUCCCGAGACCAGGUCUUCGGCCACCGGAAAUUGGGACAUUUCCGUUCUCAGGACUGGAAAUUUGCACUCCGUGGCUCUUGGGAGCAAGACUUUGGCCAUUCAGUUUCUCAAGAAUCCUCCUGGUCACAGGAGUAUAGCUUUGGUCCUUCUGCAUUACUGGGGGACUUUGGCUCCUCCAGGCUGAUUGAGAAAGAGUGUUUGGAGAAAGAGAGUCGGGAUUACGACGUGGACCGUCCAGGAGAGGCAGACACUGUGCUCCGGGGCAGCAGCCAAGUCCAGGGCAGAGGCCGAGGUCUAAACAUCGUUGACCAGGAGGGUGCCCUCCUAGGAAAGGGGGAGACUCAAGGCCUGCUCACGCCUAAAGGGGGGGUCGGGAAACUUGUCAUGCUGAGAAAUGUGAGCACAAAAAAGGUACCCACUAUAAGUUGUAUCACUCCCAAAACUCAGGGCACUAACCAAAUUCAGAAAACCACCCCAAGUCCUGAUCUGACCCUGGGGACAAACCCAGGGACCGAAGAUGUCCAAUUCCCCACUCAGAAAAUCCCUUUGGGGCUUAAUCUGAAGGAUAUUCGGCUCCCCAGAAGAAAGAUGAGCUUCGACUUGAUAGAUAAGUCUGAUGUUUUUUCGAGGUUUGGGAUAGAAAUAAUCAAAUGGGCAGGAUUCCAUACCAUAAAAGAUGAUGUUAAAUUUUCUCAGCUUUUCCAGACUCUCUUUGAACUUGAAACCGAAACCUGUGCUAAAAUGCUCGCCUCAUUCAAAUGCUCCUUAAAACCAGAGCACAGAGAUUUUUGCUUUUUUACUAUCAAAUUUUUAAAGCACUCUGCUUUGAAAACACCCAGAGUUGAUAACGAGUUUUUAAACAUGCUUUUAGACAAAGGUGCUGUGAAGACCAAAAAUUGCUUUUUUGAAAUCAUAAAGCCCUUUGAUAAAUACAUAAUGAGGCUACAAGACCGGCUGCUGAAGAGUGUCACACCCCUGCUCAUGGCCUGCAAUGCCUACGAGCUGAGUGUCAAGAUGAAGACCCUCAGUAACCCCCUGGACUUGGCUAUUGCCCUGGAGACCACCAAUUCUCUCUGCCGGAAGUCUCUAGCUCUUUUGGGACAGACGUUCUCCUUGGCCUCUUCUUUCCGGCAAGAGAAAAUCUUAGAAGCCGUCGGCCUCCAAGAUAUAGCUCCCUCUCCUGCUGCAUUUCCAAACUUCGAGGACUCUACUCUGUUUGGGAGAGAGUACAUCGAUCACCUGAAGGCCUGGCUGGUCAGCAGUGGGUGUCCACUCCAGGUCAAGAAAGCCGAACCCGAGCCAACCCGAGAUCAGGAGAAAACGGUUCCUCCUACCAAACCUGAAAUUCAGGCUAAGGCUCUGAGUGGUCUGAGUGAUGAGGUCCCCCAGCGAGCAGACCACAAGGUGGUGGACACCAUUGACCAGCUGGUCACACGUGUUGUUGGAGGCAGCCUGUCUCCCAAAGAAAGAGCUCUUCUCAAGGAGGACCCUGCUUACUGGUUUUUAUCUGAUGACAGUAGUCUGGAGUAUAAAUAUUAUAAGCUGAAGCUGGCAGAAAUGCAGCGAAUGAGCCAGACCUUGCCAGGAGCAGAUCAGAAGCCGAUGGCGGCAGAAUGUGCAGUCCGGGCCAUGCUAUAUGCCCGGGCGGUCCGGAGCCUCAAGAAGAGGCUCCUACCAGGGCGGCGGCGGGGGCUGCUUCGAGCUCAAGGACUCCGGGGCUGGAAAGUGAGGAGAGCGACCACCGGGACCCAGACCCUCCUCUCCUCAGGCACCAGGCUGAAACACCAUGGCCGGCAGGCUCCAGGCUCCUUGCAGGGAAAGCCACCCCAACCAGACGGAAAUGAUGCUGCCAAGGACUGCCCGCCAGACCCAGCCGGACCCUCUCCUCGGGACCCCAGCCCAGAAGCCUCAGGCCCAUCCCCCAAGCCAGCAGGAGUGGAUGUCUCCGAAGCCCCUCAGACCUCUUCUCCCUGCCUGUCUACUGAUGUUGAUACGAAGACAAUGGAGACUGCAGAGAAACUGGCCAAAUUUGUUGCUCAGGUGGGACCAGAGAUUGAACAAUUCAGCAUAGAAAACAGCAUUGACAACCCCGACCUUUGGUUUCUACAUGACCAAAACAGUUCAGCUUUCAAAUUCUAUCGAAAGAAAGUAUUUGAACUGUGCCCAUCGAUUUGCUUUACGUCAUCUCCGCUGAACCUUCAUGCCAGCAAGAGCGCCGAUUCUCAGGAGAGCCCCCUGGAGCCCAUGGAGGGGGAAGGAGAGUUUGAGGAUGAGCCCUCUCAGCACGAGGCUGAGCUGGAGAGCCCGGAGGUGAUGCCUGAGGAAGAUGAGGGCGAGGAGGAGGAUGAGGAGGAGGACGAGGAAAGGGGUGAGGAGGCCCCCACUCCUGGAGGGGCCUCCAGGCCUGCAGGAGGGUCGACCAAGUCCGAGGGCUCGGAGGGCAGCCCCCCAGCUGAUGGUCUCCUGAGCGAGGUGGCCGAGGAUGGCCCGGCUGGUGCGCCUGCCCUGUCACAGUCCUCCUCAGGGGCCUGCUUCCCCCGGAAGAGAGUCAGCAGCAAGUCGUUGAAGGUCGGCAUGAUUCCGGCUCCCAAGAGGCUGUGUCUCAUCCAGGAGCCCAAAGUUCACGAACCAGUUCGAAUUGCCUAUGACAGGCCUCGGGGUCGUCCUGUGACCAAGAAGAAGAAACCCCAGGACUUUGAUUUCGCCCAGCAGAAACUGACCGACAAGAACCUGGGGUUCCAGAUGCUACAGAAGAUGGGCUGGAAGGAGGGCCACGGCCUGGGCUCCUGUGGGAAGGGCAUCAGGGAGCCCGUCAGCGUGGGAACUGCCUCGGAAGGGGAGGGGUUGGGUGCCGACGGGCAGGAGCACAAAGAAGACACGUUUGACGUGUUCCGUCAGAGGAUGAUGCAGAUGUACAGACACAAACGGGCCAACAAAUAGAUGAAAACCAUUGGUGAGAAAGAUAAGGCUUGAAGCAGCAAUUACUCUUAAAACGCCACCUCUGUCCCGGAUCUGCCCUGGAACCAGUGCCCAAGUAGGUUUGGUGUGUACACGAAAAACAAACGUCUCUGCAGUUUCUGGUGCGGAGGUUCCACCCGCUGGCUUUUCUUUUUCUUAAAAAAAGAACGCACCAUUUCCAGUCUGCUUUUGCCUUUCACCCUCUUCCAAAUGCUUUUGGCAGCAAGUCUUCUCCAAGUCUCCCCUGGUUCCGCUCAGAAGGUGGGGCUGCCCUUGAAAGCACCAGCGCCCUUUAAGUGCUCAGGAACCAGCUCCUGUCGGUUUUCCUGUCCCUGGACACAUUGCUCUCUAAAAGUGAUCUGCUAGCAAACUUGAUACCGAAACAGUCACAGAUCGUAUCUUCUCACAUUUAAAUAGGGAAUAUAAAUCAGUAAUAAUGAGGUCUGUGCUCUGGUACCACAGCUGUCGGUCGGAGUGCUGAAGCUCUUUAAACAAGUGGAGGUACUGGAUUCGAUGAACGUGUUAUUUAUGGAGUCUCAUCUCUUAAAUGCAUCCCAAGAGACUUAACGAAAUUUCAGCAAUGUAUUCAGCAGCUGUAUUCAGUGGGGAGUAAUCAUUACACCAAUGAAACUUUCCCCAAAUUUACAUGUCUCUUAGAAUCCACAAAGCAAACUACAGUUUUUUUUUUUUAAACCACAUAUGGAGUCUCUCCUACAAAGGGGUGGGAGGUGUAAACUCUUCAAGACUUCAUUUUUUGCAUGUGUGGCAGUGUAAAGAAUUGUUUUAUUAGGGCCUUUGUACAGAGCAGAAAGGAUCCUCUUGGGGUGGGCUCUGCAGCUGUUUGCUAUUUCAAGGCGUAUGAUUGCCGCCCCUUCCAGCUUCUCGCACUCUGCCUCUUGCAACUACAUGCGAAAUUCUCAGGCUGUGGGAAUCUCUCAGCCCUUCCUCAUAAAGCAGCAGUGUUGAAGUUUUAAAUACAUGCUAAAAUCUGGAAAACAGGAUCCUGCUGAUACUAUAAGCUUGGGGGACACAGCAAUGAGUUACCCUGUCAGCCACUUGUAUUGGCUGUUGUGAAAUCCUUGCUUUCUCAAAGCCCGAGACCUCCUGGGCUGUAGUCACAGGCUCCUCUGGAUCUGUCUUGUCUGUCUGGCCCACACUCACCAGCACAGCGUCACGGGCCUGUGCCAGCAUCUCACGUGCCCGCCUGAUGUUGCCCUUCUUCAUGCCACGGGUAGUCCCCAGGGCUCUGCUUGCUGGUCACUUUUGUUGCUUUGGCAACUGGCAGAUCUUUAUGGCCACGGACAUGCUGGAGGUUCUUCAGCAGAGUUGAAAUAGCCUGCAGGGGUGGUGUGGUUUGGGGGAACCACAGCUAUGGGGGUUCACCUCCUUUCUCUUCUAAUCUUUCCAACAGCCUUCCACGUUGGCUGGGGGUCAGGUAAAGGGAUAGAACUCUGAGAACAGGGCCUCGAUCCCGCAGGGCCUUUCACAGAGCACCCUUUGGUGCUGAGUGAGGUGUGCACCCCCCAGCAUGGGUCCUGGCUCUUUCUUCAAGCAUAGCUUUGACCAUCAUAUUCGCUUUGUCCUAGUAUGCUCAUCCUUGGCUUUCUCUGCUUUUAUUUAUAAGUAAAAUACUUUAGGAAUUCCCGGGGUUUGAGCCCUGUUCCCACAGCCUCCUGCCACUCCUCCUCCUGGGGGUGUCCUGCUUUGAGCUGACACUGUGAGCCUUUGGCAGUCGUCAAAGGGAGCACCUACUUCUUGAGCCUGGAAAGUCCUGUAAGCACUCAGGUGGCGCUUCUGUGGAGUUGGCAUUGAGGCAGUGAAGGCGUUGCGUGGGCUGGGGAGGAGUGUGGUGGUGCGUCCCUGUGCCAGCUGUCGGCUGGGGACCAGCGUGCUGGCCCUCUGUGCCCGCCCUUGCCCUCUCCAGCAGAGGCCGCUCUGCGGGGAGCACGCGUGAGAGCAAGUGCGAUGUGCAGUUGCAUAGCCUUGUCAAAGUCACAGUGUCUUUUCUGUCAUUCUAGUUCCAGGGUCUCUUCCAUGAGGACGACAGGCAUCCGGAAAGUGCUAACUCACCACUUUGGGUGCUUACUGUCUCUGCCUUGUUUCCAUCACUGGAAAUCAUAUAGAGAAAUUUAGCGUUUUUGGUCCUUGGUAAAACCUAGAAGACGUUUGUGAUGUUACAAAAUGGAAGCUUUGGGUUUUUUUUCUUUUUUUUAAUCUAAGAAGUUGUGGAUGUUGUUAAUCAUUUAGCAGUUGAAAUAAAUG